AUGGCCGAUCAAUUAACCGAGAACCAGUUGGCUGAAUUCAAGGAGGCCUUCUCCCUGUUCGAUAAGGAUGGCGAUGGCACCAUCACCACCAAGGAGCUCGGCACAGUCAUGCGCUCCCUCGGCCAGAACCCUACCGAGGCUGACCUUCAGGACAUGGUUAACGAAGUGGAUGCUGACGGUAACGGUACAAUCGACUUUCCCGAGUUCUUGACGAUGAUGGCCCGCAAGAUGGUCGACACAGACUCUGAGGAGGAGAUCAAGGAGGCUUUCAAGGUCUUUGACAAGGACGGCAACGGUUACAUCUCAGCUGCCGAGCUCCGUCACGUCCUCACCAACCUUGGCGAGCGUUUGACCGACAGCGAGGUUGACGAGAUGAUUCACGAGGCUGAUGUCGAUGGUGAUGGUCAGAUUAACUACGAGGAAUUCGUCCGUAUGAUGAUGAGCAAGUAA